GAUGCAGUUGCACUCUCUACCUGGUCCUCUAAAGACCAAAAAGGUCCUGUUGAUGAAAAUGGAGAAGAAAUCAAAUACUUAUUCAUAUUUCUUGGUAUGCCCCUAAAUUUUGAUGCGCCAAAUGUUAUAUUACAUGUUAUAGAACAUGCCAAUGGGUUUGCAAGUGGAAUUAUCCACGAAAUUGAUGCAGCAAUCGAAGAAAUACGAAAGCACUUAAGAGUUAGAGUCAUCAUUACUGAUGGAGAUCCCGGAUAUGAUAAGCAUCAAGAUGAAUUUAUUAAUGAAAUUUUGCAAGGUAAUGAUCCCGAAGAAAUAUUUAAAAGAGCUACUGCUAUCUUAAAGAAAGGAGAUCAAGUUGUAUGGAUUAAUGAUCUCAUACAUAUGUCAAAACUUGAACGUACCAGAUUACUCGAUGCAACACUUAAGCUUUUAGUUCAUCCAUCUGAUCUGAAUACAAUUGUUGAUGUUAACAAGAUCAGAGAUGCAAUCGAAUUAGGUGAUGCUCUUAAUGAUACUUCACCUCUGGGAAGGAUAAAAGAUAAAUAUCCGAUCACAAUAUUUUCAAUUAGAGCUGUAAAGGCGCUUCUAGAAAAAAACUAUUAUAAUGAAGCAUUAUUCAUAGCUCCACUUGCAUUCUGGUAUGAAAGCAUACGAAAUGAGGCAUUUAAUGCUGACACAAGAUGUCAAAUGAUGUGGUUUGCAUAUCUGCUCUUGGUACAUCAUUGCAUUCAAAUGAGAGACCGUCACAUUAAGACAAAUCUUGGUGUUGUCAAAAUAGACGGAA